AUGAUGCUACUCAAACUUGCUUUCAUCAUAUGUUGCGUCGCUUACAAUGUUAUUGCCGGAUCCAGCGCAUUCUAUGGUCUCAAUUAUGGCGUGAGUAAAGAAGCAUGUCCUUCGUUUGAUACGGUCAAAAGAGACUUCCGUGUACUAUCUCAAUACACAAACACGGUCCGUGUGUAUUCUCUCAAGGAUUGUGAUAUUGGCCAACUCGCUCUGCAAGCAUCCCAAAAGGCCAAAAUGAAGAUUUAUCUGGGAAUGUGGAUAGACAAAACAGAUUCAUUUGAGCAAGAGUAUCAGGCUUUGAAGAGGCUUGCAAUGUCAAAUAGCCUCUACAAUGUUGAAGCCAUCAUCGUAGGAUCUGAGGUCAUGUACAGAGAGGAUAUGACAGCCGAUGAACUUGCCAAACGCAUCAACAUGGUAAAGAGUUUGGUUGGACCCAAAGGAAUCAAGGUGACCACAUCUGAAGUAUACUACAAAUUCUAUCCCGAGAUCAUUGAUGCUGUGGAUUUCCUCAUGAUGAAUGCAUUCAUUUAUUGGGAAGGAGAGCAUAUUGACAAUGCUGUGGACAAAUUGAAGGAGCAUUUCUUGUCAGUAAAAGGCAUCUCUAAAGGAAAAGUUGUGCGUAUUUCGGAAACUGGCUGGCCAGACCAAGGGGAUCAAUUCAAAAACUCAAUCCCAUUGCCAGAAAAUCAAAAAAACUUCUUGAUGAAAACCCUAUGCAUGACUCGCACAUUAGGAAUUGACAUGAUUUGGUUCUCUGCUAUUGAUGAGCUCUACAAACCAGGCGUCGAAGGACAUUUUGGUCUAUUGGAUUCGAACAGAAAAUUAAAAUCUUUCUAUCAAUUUGACAACUUGAUGAAUCCCUGCAUCGCUUAA